AAAAAUAAAAUUGAAACUUGUAAGUUCCAAGAGAGGAGAAGAAUUGAAGUGGGAAAAAGCAGGGAAGAAAAAUGAGCAGCAUCGGAACUGGUUACGAUCUAUCUGUUACCACUUUCUCUCCCGACGGCCGCGUUUUCCAGAUCGAGUACGCCGCCAAAGCCGUCGAUAACAGUGGAACUGUUAUUGGAAUAAAAUGCAAAGAUGGGAUCGUUAUGGGAGUAGAGAAGCUAAUAACAUCAAAGAUGAUGUUACCUGGUUCCAAUCGACGAAUUCACUCCGUUCAUCGUCAUUCCGGCAUGGCAGUAGCUGGAUUAGCGGCUGACGGUAGACAAAUUGUCGCACGUGCUAAAUCUGAAGCUACUAAUUAUGAAAGUGUGUAUGGUGAAGCCAUUCCUAUAAAAGAACUUGCUCAACGUGUCGCUAGUUAUGUCCAUUUAUGCACCCUCUACUGGUGGCUUAGGCCCUUUGGUUGUGGGGUAAUUCUUGGAGGUUAUGAUAGAGAUGGACCCCAAUUAUAUAUGGUUGAACCGUCUGGCAUCUCCUAUAGAUACUUCGGUGCCGCAAUCGGGAAGGGAAAACAAGCUGCCAAAACAGAAAUUGAAAAGUUGAAGUUGUCUGAAAUGACAUGCAGGGAAGGGGUAAUUGAGGUAGCCAAAAUUAUCUACAAGGUACAUGAUGAAGCAAAGGACAAGGCCUUUGAACUGGAGAUGAGUUGGGUCUGUGAUGAGUCAAAGCAACAACAUCAAAAGGUUCCUGAUGACCUUUUAGAGGAAGCCAAAGUUGCAGCCAGGGCUGCAUUGGAAGAAAUGGAUGCUGAUUGAUACUCACGGGCUACGGAAUCAUCUUGUUAUCAUAUUUUGAUCUUCACAAAGUUCCCGAUGUUGUGGACCUGCUGGUAUGUGUGGAGUCAUUGCUAAUUAAACAAGGUAUUUUAAGAUCAUGUGUGAUAAGAUCAGCAGACAUUUGGAUGAGACCAUGGAUUCUGAAAAUCAUGAACUUUCUGUUGUCUUUUAA